GGCCCUCUGGGAAGAUGGCUGAGGUGCAGGGGGCUGAAAUUAAAGUGGACGACGGCGAGCCGAAACUGAGCAAAAAUGAGCUAAAGAGACGCCUGAAAGCUGAGAAGAAAAUAGCAGAGAAGGAGGCCAAGCAGAAGGAGCUCAGUGAGAAACAACUAAGCCAGGCCGCUGCUGCCACCAACCACACUGCUGAUAAUGGUGCGGGUGCGCAGGAGGAGAGCUUGGACCCAAACCAGUACUUCAAAAUCCGCAGCCAGGCAGUCCACCAGCUGAAGGUCAAUGGGGAAGACCCAUACCCUCACAAGUUCCACGUCGACAUCUCACUCACUCACUUUAUCCAAGAAUACAGUCACCUGCAGCCUGGGGACCACCUGACUGACAUCACCUUAAAGGUGGCAGGUAGGAUCCAUGCCAAAAGAGCUUCUAGGGGAAAGCUCAUCCUCUAUGACCUUCGAGGAGAGGGGGUCAAGUUGCAAGUCAUGGCCAAUUCCAGGAAUUAUAAAUCUGAAGAAGAAUUUAUUCGUAUUAACAACAAACUGCACCGGGGAGACAUAAUUGGAGUUCAGGGCAAUCCUGGGAAAACUAAGAAGGGCGAACUGAGCAUCAUUCCCUAUGAAAUCACACUGCUGUCUCCUUGCUUGCAUAUGUUACCUCAUCUUCACUUUGGCCUCAAAGACAAUGAAACACGGUUUUGUCAGAGAUACUUGGACUUGAUCCUGAAUGACUUUGUGAGGCAGAAGUUUAUCAUCCGCUCUAAGAACAUCACAUAUAUAAGAAGUUUCUUGGAUGAGUUGGGAUUCCUAGAGAUUGAAACUCCCAUGAUGAACAUCAUCCCAGGGGGAGCUGUGGCCAAGCCUUUCAUCACCUACCACAACGAGCUGGACAUGAAUUUAUAUAUGAGGAUUGCUCCAGAACUCUACCAUAAGAUGCUGGUGGUUGGUGGCAUUGACCGGGUUUAUGAAAUCGGACACUAG